ACCGCUUCCUGAAGCGGGAGACAGGAAGUUGUCUAGUGCCCCUGGAGUCCCGUUGAAAAAGUGCUCACUGUCGUUUAGGUGGCGGCUGGAGCUGGAAGUGGGUCGAGAGACUGGAGGCUCUGUCCCGCUGCAGUUGGAGGUCCGUUUCCAUCGUUGCACCACGGCUACCUCUUCCAGCCCCGAGCCGGGUGCGGCUACCCGGAAGACGACCUUAGGCUUCUUUACGCUGCUCCAAGGGACACCUGCCCGGGCAUCGCCUGGGCCUCCAGCCAGGGGACUGGCUCGCUGCUUCAGCACUCCGGGCCGCAUUAAGGAGUACACUUAUAGCCCCGCGUUUUGCCUCUUUCCCUGAACCACCAAGACCUUGGUCCACAGGGCAAGUCUUGGACCUGGGUCUACCUAGACGGAACCAAAACGCUCAGCCCAGGUCCCCCGCAGACAGGGCUCUGCAUCGUCUCUGAUAUGUCACCCACCAUCUCCCACAAGGACAGUAGUCGGCAACGACGACCAGGGACUUUCACACAGUCUCUGGAUAUGAAGAGCGGUCCUCUGCCGCCAGGUGUGUGGGAUGACAACCAUCCGGACUUGGUGGGAGCGGAAGGGGACAGAGAAGCUCUUCUGCGGGAUCCCUGCACUGGUGACGUCUCAAAAGUCCCACAGAGUUGCAGGGCUGAACUAAGUAGCAUUUUGCUGCUACUUUUUCUUUACGUGCUUCAGGGCAUUCCACUGGGCCUGGCGGGAAGUAUCCCACUCAUUUUGCAGAGCAAAAAUGUUAGUUAUAAAGACCAAGCUUUCUUCAGUUUUGUCUUUUGGCCCUUCAGUCUCAAAUUGCUCUGGGCCCCGUUAGUUGAUGCGGUCUACUUCAGAAACUUCGGUCGUCGCAAAUCUUGGCUUGUCCCUACACAGUACACACUGGGACUCUUCAUGAUCUAUUUAUCCACGCAGGUGGACCUUUUGCUCGGGAAUAUCGAUGGCAGAACCCCCGACGUGAUUGCCCUUACUGUGACAUUCUUUUUGUUUGAAUUCCUGGCUGCCACUCAGGACAUCGCUGUGGAUGGUUGGGCGUUAACAAUGUUAUCCCGGGAGAACGUGGGCUAUGCUUCUACCUGCAAUUCAGUGGGCCAAACAGCGGGCUACUUUUUGGGCAAUGUUUUGUUUUUGGCCCUUGAAUCUCCUGACUUUUGUAACAAAUAUUUGCGGUUUCAGCCACAACCCAGGGGAAUCGUUACCCUUUCAGAUUUCCUUUUUUUCUGGGGAACUGUAUUUUUAAUAACAACAACUUUAGUUGCCCUUCUGAAGAAAGAAAACAAAGAAGUAUCACUAGUAAAAGAAGAAACACAAGGAAUUACGGAUACUUAUAAGUUGCUUUUUGCAAUUAUAAAAAUGCCAGCAGUUCUAACAUUUUGCCUUCUGAUUCUAACUGCAAAGAUUGGUUUUUCAGCAGCAGAUGCAGUAACAGGAUUGAAAUUGGUAGAAGAAGGAGUACCCAAAGAGCACUUAGCCUUAUUGGCAGUUCCAAUGGUUCCUUUGCAAAUAAUAUUGCCUCUGAUUAUCAGCAAAUACACUGCAGGUCCCCAGCCACUAAAUAUAUUUUACAAAGCCAUGCCCUACAGACUGUUACUUGGAUUAGAAUAUGCUCUAUUAGUUUGGUGGACUCCUAAAGUAGAACAUCAAGGGGGAUUCCCUAUAUAUUACUACAUCACAGUGCUGCUGAGCUAUGCAUUACAUCAGGUUACAUUGUACAGUAUGUAUGUUUCUAUAAUGGCUUUCAAUGCCAAAGUCAGUGAUCCACUUAUUGGAGGAACAUACAUGACCUUGUUAAAUACUGUAUCCAACCUUGGAGGAAACUGGCCUUCAACAGUAGCCCUUUGGCUUGUAGAUCCCCUCACAGUGAAAGAGUGUGUAGGAGCAUCGAGCCAGAAUUGUCGAACACCUGAUGCAGUAGAGCUUUGCAAAAAACUCGGUGGUUCAUGUGUUACAGCACUGGAUGGUUAUUAUGUGGAGUCCAUUAUUUGUGUUUUUAUUGGAUUUGGUUGGUGGUUCUUUCUUGGUCCAAAGUUUAAAAAGUUACAGGAUGAGGGACCAUCUUCAUGGAAGUGCAAAAGGAGUAAUUGAUGCAUAUACUCCUGGGCAUUCUAGAAAGGUUGAAUGUAGAGUGGGGAUUUUAUGAGGAAUGGAGGAUAAAUGGGUGGGAGAAAAUAGCAGUUGGCAUAUGAAGCAUGAUAGGGGCAGUAACUUCAGGAACUCAUUAUUUGCCCAUGGAAAACCUGUGUUGGGUAUUGAUGUCAAAUCCUGAAGAAUCACCUGGAAAAUGUUCAUCCUGUAGGCACGGAGGCCACACCAAAUCAGACCAAUACUUUGUCACAUCGGUUUUUCAUUAUCAUGUGUUAUAAUCAAAAUACAUACUUGAAUAAAGAAAAGCAAACAC